AUGAGUACAAUUAGCACAAUCAACAAAGCAACUGAAGAGAUCAGGGACCCCAUAGAGAAUAUUAGGACUGAUGCACAAUACUUUCUUUUUGACGAAAAGGGUAAUCCAUUCCCUAACUUGGAAACGUUGUCCUUGGACGAGAACACAGAGAUCUGGUAUGAAGCGCAUGGUCCACUCCCAGCAGAGUUGUUUAUUAAUCUAAAAGCGAUUGCAUUUUCUUGUGCACUCCCCCAGUCAUUUCAUUUACUCCGAAAAUUACAUAAUCUUGAAAAGCUAGAUGUUUAUGGUGGUCCUUGGAAAGAAAUAUUUGUGUAUGAAGGAACUAGUAGCGGGGAAAUAGAUGCAGUUGGGACGACCCUCCCACACAUAAAGAAUUUGUCUCUCACAAAGAUGGAGGAGCUGAUGCAUCUAGGGAAUGACAACUCCGAAUCAAUUUUUCCAAACUUGGAAUUCUAG